UUCCUUACGUUUAGUGCGGUUUCAAUUCUAAAAAAAGAUGAAUUCCAAUAUAUUUUUCAAAGAUGCCAUGACGACUUCCGGUUGCAAUGUCUGAUGGGAAACGCUGUACCACUGUAAAGUGUCCAAAUUAGCCUUUUAACGGUUACUAAAGCAAGAUGGCAGCGUGCGCAAUACGUCGGGGUUUAUUGUCCACCGCCAGUAAAUAUAACAAACUGAAAUGCAGUCAGAGAUUACUGAGUGCAAUUGAGUACAACAGUGGAUUAGAUCUGAAAAGACCUCAGGCGUUGUGUUCAGCUUGUGGACUGUCCAGUUUCCAGCAGACGCGGUUCAUGUCAUCAAGAAACAGAGCAGAGGGAAAGAUACUUGAACCUGUCGGCGUGUUUGAGGCCCUGAAGCAACAUGGCAAAUAUGAAACAGGCCAGCUUUUCCUGCACAGUAUAUUUGGCUACAGGGGAAUCGUGUUAUUCCCCUGGCAUGCUCGCCUCUAUGAUCGAGAUGUGAGCCCUGCUGCGGCUGACAGCAAGCCAGACACUGCAGGGCAUGGAUCCAAAGAGGUGAAAGGGAAAAUGCAUACAUACUACCAGGUUCUCAUAGACACCAGAGACUGUCCACACAUAUCUCAGCGGUCUCAGACUGAAGCGGUAACGUUCUUGGCUAAUCAUGAUGACAGCAGGGCCUUGUACGCUAUCCCAGGUCUGGAUUAUGUGAGUCAUGAAGACAUUCUGCCUUACAACUCUACUGAGCAAGUUCCUAUACAGCAUGAGCUAUUUGAACGCUUCCUCUUGUUUAGCCCCUCUAAAAAUCCCCCAUUCACCGCUAGAGAUACACUAAGGGCAUGGCAGGAGAAGAACCAUCCCUGGCUGGAGCUUUCAGAUGUACACCGAGAAACCACGGAGAACAUCCGUGUCACCGUCAUCCCCUUCUACAUGGGCAUGAGAGAAGCUCAGAAUUCACAUGUGUAUUGGUGGAGGUACUGCAUCCGUCUGGAGAACCUGAGCAAUGAGGUGGUGCAACUAAGGGAAAGACACUGGAGGAUCUUCAGUCUCUCAGGAACUCUGGAAACAGUCCGUGGCAGAGGAGUCGUGGGCAAGGAGCCCGUUUUGUCCAGAGAACAGCCAGCCUUUCAGUACAGCAGUCAUGUUUCUCUUCAAGCACCCAGUGGACACAUGUGGGGGACAUUUUGUUUUGAGAGAACAGAUGGCUCACACUUUGACGUGCGCAUUCCACCUUUCUCACUAGAGAGCAAUAAGUAUGACAAAGCUUCCCCUGCGGGCUAUCCCUUGUAGUAGACCUACUACCUUCACAACUCAGCCACACCACCAGGCGGUUCCCUCAGACAUGCAGAUUUCACCUUCCUUAUCAGUGCUUCUUAAAUAUAUGAUUGUUUUAGCAAAACAUCCUUCAGCCUGGUUCUCACUGCACCACCGUAGAUUGGUAGCAGCUGCAUAUUUUGAAAAAAACAUGUGAAAUCGGCAGGUUAAAGUGAGGAGGUUGAUUUUAGUAAAUGGUAUGAUGCAGGUUUUCGGGUAAGAAUAGAGGCAUUGCCAGUUUAUUGUAUGAAGCUCCAGAACCUCAACAGGCAGUAUAGAGAGUGUUUGAAAUUUAUCCUUUUAUUUAUUUGAACAAUUGUAUUCAUCAAUUGAACAAGAAUAACAGUUCAUCAAGUUUCCUGUCAUUCCUUACUUGGAUAAUUUGAGCUGAUCCAUCUCAUUUAGAGAACUGUCAUGUUCUGGAGAAAACUUCCCAGGGUUGUAUGGUGUACGUUUUCUCUAAAAGCUAUUGCCUGGUAAAUUGAUUGGUACAAUUAUAUAGGCCAUGCCAACGUCAGCUACCGGUCAUUGAAAUGUGGUUUGACUAAGAACGUUGUGGGUGCUAAAGCUGUAUUAAGAAAGGAGAUUUGAUAAAUUGAAUUGUAAUAAUGGAUAAUGAUCAGCUUUAUUAUUUACUGUAAAUAUGUUUGUAAAGCAUAAAUAAAAACAAUUUUCAAGUUUA